AUGGACGAAGACGGCCCCAACUUUUCCUAUGCCUACGGUGGCGCGUCCUCGAACCCCUCGACUCCCUCGAUCCCUUCAAAUGCAUCAUGGAAUCCGGCAUUGCGCAGCGAGAACGGAGCGAGUGUACCAGUCGGCGCGAAACCCACGACACAACCCCAACAGUCCAAACCAGAGUCGUCGGAAGGAGACGAGGAGGAGGAGGAUGAAGACGACGAAGACGACGAAGAUGACGAAGACGAUGACGAAGAAUCAGAAGAUGGCAGCGAGGACGACGAGGAGGCUCCCUCAAAACCUGCAGUAGCUGCGCAAUCCGUAUCAGAACCUGCGAGCAAGCCUACAAUUGAAGAAGAAAGUACAAGCGACGAAUCUCCCGAGCGCAAUGACACCAUGCAAGCACCGCCCAGCGCACAACCACCCCAGACAAAAGAACCUCUAGAGCACUCAAUAUCGGCGAAUCGCAAGCGACACCGGCAAAGGCCGAAUCAAGCGAAGAGGAGGACUCGGAAGAAGAAGAAGAAGAAGAGGAGGAGGAGGAGGGAGGAGGAGGAGGAGGAGGAGGAGGAGGAGGAGGAGGAGGAGGAGAGCCAAGAGGAAAGCUCAGAAGAAGAACCAGAGCCGCAACAGCACCCAGAGGAGAACUACGAGCACCAAGGGGAAACCACAGCUCUUGAGGAUGCCAUGACCGAUAGUGUAAAAGUACCUCUGGUAGAAGAUACAGAAGCAGAUGAAUGGGGCGGUUCCGGCGACGACCCUUUUGAUCUUGGUGGUAAACCGCAGGAACCACCUCUAGAGACACCGGUGGCAGAAGCUGUUGGGACGACAGUCGGAGAUGACAAUAUUGGAAACACCACGGUAGGCGGCAAUACAGGAGCCGACAUUGACUGGGGUAAUUCGGAGGAGGCGGAAGACUUUUUUGGCGUGGUCGCGAGCCAACAGAUCGAACCUGCGCAGGCCGUAGAUCAGACUCCUGGCGCGCAUGUGGUACAGGCCGAAGCAAAAGCCGCUGAAAAGAGUGAAUGGGAUUUGGACCUUGACUUGGACGACGAUUUCCUACCCGACCAAGAGGAUGCACCCGUCAUUGAGUUGAGCGACGACGAGGGGUUCCUCGAAGAUGAAGCGCCAGUACCCGCAGCGCAACCAACGCAACCUGCUCCAUCAGGAACCGCAAGCCGAUAUGCUUCUCAAACCUCAGCAGCAGCACCAGCAAUUACGCCGGCGGCGAACCCAUAUGCCUCCCAAGCACCGGUUACACCAGCUUAUGAUGGCUUUGGACGAAACCUGGCAUACCAACAGCAACAGCAGCCACCUCGACCGCCAAUGGCAAGCUCAGCGCAAAGUUUCGUAGACAAGUCCAAAGGAGGUUACGCUUCGCCUUACGAUUUACCAGAAGACAUUGUGACUACCCGAAAGCGACCUGCUCCGCGAACAACAGUAUCAGCUGUACAGCCAACCCCACCACCUCCACGGACUAGCAGUAUGUCCUCGAACACUGGACCCCCUGGACCUCUACGACCGCCUAUGUCAUCGAGCAUGUCAAUUUCCAGUCUGUCUCCACCAUCCUCGGGCCACUCUAUGCAGGCUCAAAUGACCGGCAUGCCACCACCGGCAGCAGCACCAAAGCCCGCGGUUACAGCGAAAUCACCUUCGAGUGAUUUCUUCGCCGAGCUGCCUAUUACCUCCAAGCCGCGCCCAUCAGGGCGCUACACCCCGCAACCGAGCAUGCCUGUUCAACCUCAACCUUCGGCCAAUCAUCCUCCCCCGCAACUUCCGCCAAAGGAGCGUACGGCUUCCACGUCCUCCCUACGCAACGAGUUCAUCCCGGAUGCUGCAAAGGUCGCUACUCCUCCUCCGUUCAGGCAACCAGAACAACUACCCAUGUUCCCGAGUCAACCAUCGGUCCCUACGCGAACAAAUAGUCUUCCCGUGCCUCAGCCGGUACCAGCGCCUCCUUCGACGAGCAGAUAUUCUCCGGCUCCACCUCCUUCGGGACCAGCUGCCAACUCAAGAUACUCCCCUGCGCCCCCAAGCGCACCAGCAGCAAACGCGCGAUAUUCGCCCGCUCCAUCGCAAGCACCCCAUGCUCGUUAUCAGUCCGAACCACAUAACAACUUGACGCGGACUCCUUCGCAACCUUUUGCGCCCCGAACUUCCAGCCCGCUGGCGUUUCACAGCAUACCUCACCAGCACGAGCAGGUUCCCGAAAACCACGCCCAACAUGCUCCAAACCACCAGGUUUCGCAAUCGGCUGAUGGAAUGCCUCGCCCCCCUAUCCGAAGCCCACUGGGAGAGGUUAGUGAGAUUGAAGAGCCAGAGCCAGAACCAAUACUUAGCUCAAGGCCGCCUACAUCUGGAAGAUCAGAGACUCCACCUCUAAGAAGUACACCUUCAUCAGUAGUUGGCUCACCACGGAAAACUGAUAACUACGCACCAAGAUAUCAGCCAGCUCAGCCAGCAGUUCCACAACGCUCCCACUCCCAGUCUCCAACAGCGACCAUGAAACAGCCUGGACGCGGCUUUGGUAGCUCAGAACCCACAGGAACUCCUUAUGGCAUGAUGCCGUCUGCAAUUUAUGGUGGCCAGUCUACCAUUUCCAAUACUGUCAACAAAAUCCCUCAUCGUCGGCAAGCAUCGACGACCUACGAUUUCAUUCUCCCCGAAGACGAGCGUUCGGCAGAUCCACUCGAAAGGUGGAAGGGCCAUCCUGUGUUCAACUGGGGCCUAGGGGGUAAUAUUGUGACGAGCUUCCCUAAACAGAUUCCUCGAUACGGGGGUGGUGGAUCCGCGCCGAUGAUGAAGAGCAAUCCUGGUGAAAUCCGUAUCCAGAGUGUCAAAGAGGUUUUCCCUCUACCAGAAGACAUCGCUAAGUUCCCUGGUCCCCUCAAGGCUAAGGGCAAGAAAAAGGAUGUAUCAGUAUGGCUAGGCCGUAAGAUCGAAGCAUUGGACAACCAGUCCAAAGAACCAGGGCUCGAACACACUAUGAGUGAAGAUGAGCUCAAGCGUCUGGAAGAUCGCACCCUCCUCUGGAAGCUCAUGCAGAUACUUGUUGACAACGAUGGAAAAUUAGAGGGCAUCCCUGCAGAGACCGCCGUCAAGAAGUUGCUUUCACCAGCUGGUGACGAGUCAUCAGACGAAGCGGGUUCAUACUCCACAGCAGCCGACAUCGUCGGGCGUUCAAGAUCUAAUACUUCCAAUCUUCAGGCAGAACCUGUAGAUCCCCGAGCCGUCGAAGACUUGCAGAGUAUGCUCGUUAAGGGUGACCGCGAGAAGGCCGUUUGGCACGCUGUCGAUCAGCGACUAUGGGGACAUGCUAUGCUGUUGUCUUCUACUCUUAGUAAAGACAUAUGGAAGCAAGUUGUUCAAGAGUUCGUUCGAAAGGAAGUUAAGAAGGCUGGGCGCAGCAACCAGGCAUUGGCUGUUCUGUACGAGGUCUUUGCUGGCAACCAUGAGGAUUGCAUCGACGAACUGGUACCCGCUUCAGCUCGUGCUGGUUUCCAGAUGGUGAGCGCCGACGGUGCUGGCGCAACACAGAACGCACUACAAGGUCUUGACAAGUGGCGCGAGACGGUUGCACUGAUCCUAAACAAUCGCAGUGAAGGUGAUGCAUCAGCACUUCUCUCGCUUGGGAGACUUUUGGCUCAGUACGGUCGUGUUGAAGGUGCGCACGUAUGCUUCAUUUUCGCCCGUUCGGUUUUGAAGGUCAGCGGAGUCGAUGACCCACAAGCCGAUCUCGUGCUGAUCGGCGCUGAUCAUCGCCUGAAUCCUCUGGAGAUGGGUGUCGAGCUGGAGCCGAUAUUGCUCACUGAAGUAUACGAGUUCGCAAUGUCGUUGGCAUCCCCUACCGGCUCGUUUGUCAUCCCUCAUCUGCAAAAUUACAAACUCGCACAUGCGUAUCAAUUAGCCGAGAGUGGAUACAGGACCGACGCGCAGGCAUACUGCGAUGCUAUUGCAGCGGCCAUGAAGGCUGCGACCGUGUCCUCGCCAUACUACAACGCCGCUUUUAUCGCCAGUUUUGACGAUUUGGGCAAGCGACUCUCGCAUUCUCCCAAGGAUGGAUCCUCAUCGUGGAUCUCAAAGCCUAGCAUGGACAAGGUUGGAAGCUCACUUCUGUCAAAGUUUAACAGCUUCAUUGCAGGGGAUGACGAGGAUAACACGACCAACAAGUCAGGCGGGUCCGAAGUUGGACCUUUCGCUAAGAUUGCUGGUGACAGUCCUUCCCUCACGCCUUCACAAUCGAACGCGGACCUUUACGGCGCAAUGUCUGGCUAUGGAGUUCCCCCACAGCCAUCAGCCCCAGGCAACUCAAGGUAUGCGCCAUCGAACGCCUACGCGCCAAGGUCGUCCUCGGAGCAGCCACGGUCUCGUUACGAACCUCAGGGUCGGCCGUCGAUGGAGUCGAACGACAGCUUCGGCAUGCGAGCAGCAUCCGACACGUAUACACCUAUGACUCCGACAACAGGCAUAUACAGCCCUACGCAGAACCAACUGAGCCCACCGAGUGCACGCACACAAGCUAAGAUACAGUCGUACUCACCCCUUCGUCCGGAGUAUAGCCCGGCUCAGCCAUCUCUUGGAAGCCCUUACAUGCCUACACCUUCCGUCGAAGAGUCCUCCUCAGCCCCUGCGUUCGGUGGUUACCAGCCCCAAGCGAGCUUCGACGAGCCAACUCAACCAACAGCGAACGAGUUAACAUACGAUCGAUACGGACCCUCGUCAUCUACCUUUGAACCUCCUGCAUACCAGCCAUACAACCCCGAUGAGGACGACAAGGAAGAGGAGAAGCCACUAACGAAGAAGAAGUCUUUCAUGGACCUUGACGACGAUGACGACCUCGCUGCCCGCGCUUCCGCUCUGAAGAUUAGCGGAGGCGGUGGCUCCAAGUCAGAAGCAGACAAGAAGGCAGACGAGGCGUUCCGCAAAGCCGCCGAGGCAGAUGCUCAGCGUGACAAAGAGGCCGCAGCAGCAAAGAAAGGAGGAUGGCUGUCUGGGUGGUUUAAGAAAGAUCCCAACGCCGGCCCUGGCCCUAUCAAGGCCAAAUUGGGAGAGGAGAGCAGCUUCUACUACGAUACAGAUCUUGGCAAGUGGGUGAACAAGAAGGGCGGCGCGGCAGACGCGGGUAAGCCCGCUGCAACACCACCGCCUCCACGCGCUGGUCCUCCCGGCGGCGCAGCUCGAAGUGCGUCUGGCGGCGCACCCACACCGCCUAUGGGUCCUCCCGGCGCACUGCGUCCACCUACAUCCAACCCUCGCUCCUCUUCCAUGCCACCACCCAUGGGUGUUGCUGGCUCCCGCGCCUCUACACCAGGCAUACCAGAGUCUGAUGAAGAAGGCUUCGCUGGGCCCAAACCACCUACGCUAGCCAGACCAAGCUUUGGUGCUGCGUCAGGACCGCCAUCACGACCGGGUACCGGUAUGAGCAAUGCUAGCAGUAUUGAUGAUUUGUUGGGUGCACCGCAAGCCAGAAAAGGACCAGCAAGUAAGAAGAAGAAAGCUGGUCGCUAUGUCGACGUUAUGGCGAAGUAA